AUGAAGAAGAAAUACGAGGGUAAUGCUAGGGUGAAGCGCUCGAUUCUUCAAGCACUGAGGAGAGAUUUUGAAACUCUGGAGAUGAAGGUAGGUGAGAGCAUAACUGAUUAUUUUGCUCGAGUUAUGUCAAUUGCUAACAAAAUGAGGGUGUACGGAGAGCAAAUGAGAGAUGUUACUAUUGUGGAAAAGAUUCUUAGAUCCUUGACCGACAAAUUUAACUAUAUAGUUUGCUCGAUCGAGGAAUCUAAGGAUGUUGAUGCACUCACCAUUGAUGAACUACAAAGUUCACUCAUUGUGCAUGAGCAAAAAUUCCAUAGGAGCAAUGGAGAGGAACAAGCUCUAAAGGUGACUGUUGAUGAAAGAAAUGGAGGACAAGGGCGUGGACAAGGAUGUGGCAGAAGCAAUUAUAGAGGGAGAGGUAGAGGAAGAGGGCGUCAAUUGAGUGCUAUAAGUGCCACAAACUCGGCCAUUUUCAGUACGAAUGUCCAACCUGGGACAAAGAGGCAAACUACGCAACAUUAG